CCUAUCGAUUUCCUUAUCUUGCGUAUAAUUUGCGAAAGGGCGGAUGUGCUCCUCUGCACUGCCAACAAAGCAUUCUUGCCCAAAAAGCCAUGGUGAGGUUCCCUUUGGUAUAACCCUCUCUCAGGGAACAUCCCUUCGCCUCUUGCGACCGUGUGUCCCUCCCGUCCUCGCGCUCUCAAAUCCGCCAACCUCGUCACCACCAACGCUACGUCCCUCGUUACUCGAACAUAGCUCGCUCGCUGCCCCUACUGCUGCUUUCUCUUGCCUCCUCAACACACAAGUCGCCCGUCUGGCUCCAGUCUGCUACAUUCUCCUCCGGAGGCUACUCGCUUUCACAGCAGCAGCAGCAGCAGCAGCAGGAAACAUAUAACAUGCAGUGGUGGAGGAGACAGAGUAGUGAUAACUAAAAGCUAGGCUGAGCACACGAGGAGGACCACACGAUAAUUAUUAGCUGGUGCACUUUUUCACCUCCACACGUUUUCUCCCAGGGUGGAGUGGCUUGCCCUCGAAGGAACGAAAACCUUCCUCCUCCCUUCAACUCCAUCGCCAGUGUCGCAGGGUGAGAGUUCCCGAGAAUAAAAAAUUCUUCGUCAGCAUGAAGUCGCAGCAACCCUUCGUUCGAGCUGGAAAAUAUUAAAGUUUUCACUUUUCUCCUCGUCAAAGUAACCGCCCCACAUUCCGCAACUCCGCCAACGUCCCACAUCAGUAACGACAAGGUGUCAUCCGAAAUUCAAAAAUUGCCCCAUGCUCAACCUUCGCACAUGUACAUCUAUCAUCAUCUGCAGUGAUCCCCACCCGUGAAUAAAUCCUAUUGCUACUACAAUUCCCAGCAGUAAAUUUGAGCAUUAUUAUUGUUGAGUCAUUCAUGGAAUCUGGGAUCAACCUGCCCAGCAACAACAACGGCUCCUACCACAUUUCGACACUACACCGCCCAUCAAAUUCACCCAGAGUUUGGUGACCUAAGAAGAAGAUAAGCGUUUGUUUGUCGAACUUGGUGAAAGUGUGACUUGAAGGAGAGAAAGUGUGCGGGAGAAGAGUGAGUAAGAGAGAGAGCGAAAAAGAGAGAGAGAAGAAGAACGUGAGAGAGAGGGAUUUCCCUUUGCAGGAAACCUGGAUUCGCUAGCAACGAAUUUGAAAUCUACUUUUAAGGGCUUGCUUCCGUGUUCCGUUUCUGGGCUGACUCCAGAAAAUUUUCCAACCUGGAGUCUAUUUUGAAGGUACGGAAUCGUCAAUUACGUGAAGCGUCAGAACAAAGGAAAGAACUCGAGAGACAGCAUGCCGAAGCUUUGGCUCAAUUACGAGAAAAGAAGGAGGAGGUCAGCCGACUUAGCUUUUUCGGAGAAAGUGACAAAAAGAAGUCCGCAGACUUUGUUGAAGCACUGCAGUCCAAAAUCCGAGAGUUGGAGAAGAAGACGGAGCUCCAAAAUGUUCGUCAUGAGGAGUUGAUGUUGGAGCUGACGGCUCUGAAAAGGUCGCAUCAGUCUGCCCGUGCCUCAUCCUCUCGCCAUUCCUCCCUCGGUCAGAGUCCACCCGACUCGCCCCUUUGCUCAACUCCAGACUCGGUUUUGAGUCGAGGAGAGAGUACUACGGCACUUUCCCAACUUUCCACUCCUGUAGUUCCUUCACUGGAUGAACAACAACAGCACACCCUGUAUCAGUCAUCGGGAACAUACUCAAGAGGUGUCUCUCACCACUCGCUUCCGCGGACCUAUAAGUCCUCCUCCUUCUCUCCUCUGAGACACGGGAGGAAGCGACUUCGGCGGAGCACUUCCGUGACCGAUCUGACCCAGGGUGGUGGUGGUGUCCUCCUCCAACAACCCGGCGGCGUGAACCCCAACGUGCAAAAACCCAGAGCCACCCUCCUCUCUCAAAAGUCUCUCCAGUUUGAUGACCCUAUCGCUUCAAACCAUCAAAUUGAACGUAUCAUAUUCAAAAUUCAACAGGAUAACAAGAUUUUAGCUGAAUUAGAUAAGAAUGCUGUUUGUGGCUCUCGUUUUAGCACCCAUCCGCAUCCGCCGAAAGGCCACAUGCCAGCACCUCAUAGACGAAUUUUACCCAAAAAACCGACAUCGUCCAAAUACCACGUUCCAAAAAUCACAAUCGAUCACAUUGAUGAACCAGAAAUUUCAGGCAGUACUUCACGGGACUUGUCUGGAAUAUAUGAUCACCACCACAGCGGGAUGCACCCUCAAGGCACCUCUUCGACAAUGCAGACUCUCCACGGAAUGGGAGGAAUGCCCCAAUUUCAACCAAUUGCCACCGUUCUGCCCACAAAUUUCUUCUCCGUUGUUCCUGCCGGAACCGUUUUCCACUCUCAGGGACCAACAACAACAUUACAACAAACGGCCAAUCAGCAGCAACAACAUCAACACCACCUUCAGCAUUCCAGUGGGAUGAUGCACCAUCAUUCGAUGCAACCACAGUCCAUCACCAUUCCGACCAUCAUUACCACCGCUCAUGUCGACAGUAAAACUGGGGGCAUGGGUGUGUCACAUCAUCAGCAGCAGAUACUCAAUGGAACUAAGCAGCAGCAGCAACAGCAUCAACAGCACCAACAUCAAAUGCAGAUCCAGCACCAACUCCAACAUCAAGCGACGAAAGGGGCCGAAAUGCUAGACGUACCUGGAAAAGGACGAUGCUUUGUUUACAGCGUUAGAUACUCGUACGACCCAUUUCAUCAGUCACCCAACGAGAAUCCCGAGGCGGAAUUGAGUCUGAAUGCCGGAGAUUAUGUCCUAGUCUGGGGAACUAUGGAUGAGGACGGAUUUUUGGAUGGAGAGCUUCUUGACGGGAGACGGGGGCUGGUUCCUUCGAAUUAUGUUGAGAGGCUGGUGGGCGAUGAUUUGCUCGAGUUUCAUCAACAGGUCGUUCUCGGGAUUAAGGAUUCGGAGGACUGCUUUUCGACAUCCCUCUUGGACUUUGAGUAUGCGAGAGACGUGGCGGAUGAGGAGUCACAGCGUCUCAUCAUAGCAAAAAACAAGAAUCGCAUUCAGAGAACCUUGCCCCCUUUGAUGUUGAAUCAGGAAGAAGCUUUCAGGAGACAAGAAGAACUGAUGCAUAGAAGACAAGAGGAGUUUGGGUACCUGGACCUGGAAGAUUUAAUAGAUGACGAUGGCGACCCUGAAAAACAAGAUGUGUUCUUCUCCGUGUUAGUACCUCCACCCAUCCACUUAGUUCUACAACGACAACUCAACAAAAGCAUACUCAUCGGUUGGAACUCACCCGACUGCCCUCCCGGAACCAUUGAUACUUAUCAAGUCUUUGUUAACGGGCUUCUUCGGUGCACUAUCAAGGCGAAUGAGAGGACAAGGGCGUUGGUUGAGGGGGUUGAUUGCAAUCGGCCUCAUCGAAUCAGCGUCCGUGCCGUGACUCCCAAUCGUCGCACAUCCAGAGAUGCAGCCUGCACAAUGGUGAUUGGAAAGGACGCACCACUUUCUCCCUCCUGCAUCAGGGCUACCAGUGUCACGAGUACAUCCUCCGUUAUAUCCUGGCUCCCCGCAAACAGCAAUUAUCAACAUGUCGUUUGUGUUAAUAAUGUCGAAGUAAGGACUGUAAAACCUGGAAUUUACCGACAUACCAUUACCGGACUUACGCCAAAUACAACAUACCGAGUCACAGUUCGUUCCAAGAACAUUAAAGCUCCCCACUUUGAUGAAAAGGGGAGCAAGCAGAUGGAAAAGCUGUCAGCACACACCGAGUUCAAAACACUUCCAAAAGGGUGUGUAGGAUGUCUGCCUGAUCCCCCCAUCGACGUACAAGUGGAACCGGGUCCUCAAGACAAUACAAUAUUAGUGACAUGGCAUCCUGUCGCUGCUGCCACUUCGAACGGAGCAAUUGUCACCGGAUACGCUGUGUUUGCUGAUGGCAGGAAAAUUUUAGAAAUUGAUAGCCCUUCUGGAGAUCAUGCUCUACUGGACCUGAACAGAUUUCAAGGAAUGAUCCCUCGACAAGUCACCGUGCGUACCAAGUCUCGUGAUAUCCUCUCUUCAGAUAGUGUCCCAAUUCCAAUUCCUGCUCAAGUGUUACGACUCAAAAGGCAUAAUAUUCCACAACAGAACAAUUUGCCACCACGCCGAGGGGCAGGAGGGGCCAGACACCCGUCCAUGAUGGAAGGCGAAGAAAGUUUUAGCGAUCGCGAAGUAGCUGGUUUCCACAUGCCCAUUCCCUCGAUAGGCAGUCUAAAUAUCAAAAAUAGGCUGAAAAACAGCUUCAACCUCAUGCGUACCAAUGAAAUUCCUCCAGAAAUACCAAAAGACACGGAUCGACAUGGCAGACCAUUAAAUCCAAACCAAAGAGUAGACUAUGGAAUUAGAGGCCCUCCACCACCUGGCCCUUCUGAUCCGCGAGGGCGUGGACCAGGUGGUGGCCCCAUGUCGUCAGAUCGGCCUAGAGGAGGAGGAGGUGGUUACCUUCCCCAACAACAACACCCCCAACAACCUCCACACAUGCGACAAGACCCAAGGUCCACACAGCCCCCUCAAGAUUAUUACAGUAGAAGACCCCCCAGACCAGGCCCCCGUCCUCCGGCUGAUGUCAGACACAGGCUUUUUGUAGCUCUGUUUGACUAUGAUCCACCAACAAUGUCCCCGAAUCCUGACGCCUGCGAAGAGGAACUUCCCUUCAGGGAAGGCCAGCUUAUUAAGAUUUAUGGGGAGAAGGACCCAGAUGGUUUUUACUGGGGCGAAGCUGGAGGUCGGAGGGGCUUCGUUCCGUGUAAUAUGGUAUCAGAAGUUCAACCGGAUGAUGAACGCGUCGCACAAGAACUGCUCAAUCAGGAAAGUGGAGAACCUUUGGCGAGUGGGAGGGAGAGGCGGGCAAUGGGAAGAGAUCGAUGGGGAGAUAUCUACGCCAGUGUGCCAGUUAAAAUUAUGGUAGCGCUAUACGACUACGAUCCACAGGAGCUCUCUCCUAAUGUAGAUUCAGAGGUGGAAUUAUCAUUCCAAACGGGUGAUAUUAUAAAAGUAUUCGGUGAAAUGGAUGACGACGGCUUCUUCAUGGGGGAGCUUAACGGUGUUCGUGGGUUGGUCCCGUCCAAUUUCCUCGCGGAAGCUCCACCAGAAUAUGGAGGAGACGGUCGUGGGGGAAGGCAGCUACAACAACAGCGGGGUGGUCCACCGCCCCCACAUGGUCCACAAGAUCAUAGACGACCGUCUGGUCCAGGUCCAGGGGCGAGGGGACCACCUCCACCGCCUCGUGAAGCCCAGAUGAUGGGCCAGGGUCGCGGAGGGCCGAGGAAAGACGCCUCUUAUCCUCACUCGGAGAGGAACAAUUUCGACGGGGUGGCGCGGAGAGGUGGUAGAGGCGGCGGUGGGAGCAGUACCGGACCUCCAGCCGGACUCGGACGAGGUGGGGGUGCCCAGGGGCCUCAGAACCAACAGCAGCAACUCCUUCAAAGAAACGCACGUGGUGGUCUUCCAGAAUUCAGUCCAACCAUGAUGGAGCCUUCCGGCUCGUAUUCCACCGGCGGCGGAAAGGUUACGGCCACCACCGUGAUGACCAGUAACGCGGGUGCCACAGGUGCCGGAACAAGUGCCAAUCCUAUCACUAGCAAACUCCCGGGAGUACUCACUGACGCUCCUGGCUCUCUCAUGCAAAAGUUCUCCGACUUCACCCACAGCGCAAUUGGUGGGGGUUCUGGCGAAGGGGGUGCGUCUGAAGGCUCUAUUCUUUCCAAAGGGAAGGAUUUAAUCUUUAAGAGAUUUGGUCUAUGAGACAUUUCAUUAAUGUGUGUUUUUCCCUUCGUGUCUCACACUUUUCGACUGUUUUACUACUAAAACUAUUACUACUCGUACGUAAGUAGAACUCGAAAUGUAGAACAGUAGAUCUAGAUCUAUGUACGACUACUACUCGUUGUCUCUUUAUGGACCGUUGUCACUCUAGUUGUACGAUAUAUAGCUUGUCAAGAAAACUGUUACUGAAGUUUCUGCCGCCCAACUGGCUCUCUCACUCUGUAUCUAUUUAUCCAUCUUGCUUCUUAUCGGAGGGUCAUCAUUUUAACGUCGUCGAGACAUUACGUCAGCUAUCACUGCAUUUACUAAAACAAAAAAGCCUGCCACUACUAACUUUACUAUUUGAAACGCAACUUCUACUACCCCUAAAAAACUCGUACUAAAUACUACCUACCUUAGUAUUUACAUACAUUCAUGAGAGCGUCAGGUGGACUCAUCACUCAGAAAUAUCCAAAUUCUCAUUCUUCUCGGUCCAGUAAACGUGUUCUUCAUCACUUCAUCUGCUACUAGAAAAAAGAAAGUCAAUGUAAUCGUCGUAUGUUUCUCCCCCCAUCAAAAUCACCAUCAUCGCCGUCUUUGUGUCCACAGAGAAAGUCAAAUCAUGGACAGCAGAACAACUAAAACUCGCAAGAAAAUAACCCACAAAUUCAUUCCGUACUCCUUCUUCAUUACAUUAUCAUCAGUUCCAGAUCGUCACAUAAAAGACUAUAUUUUGUCAAAUUACUACCACAAUAAGUUGCAUCAUAAUAAUCAUCAUCCGAUCGUUUCGGGGAGGUGACGUGGUCAGAGUAUGCAGGAAAGCAAUUAUACUUGAAGCACAAAAAUACUAGAUGAAUGUAAAUACUUUUUGUAUACCUAGAAUUUGUAUAUUUAAUUCAUGAACAUGAUGUUAUUAUGGAGCAUACGUAUUAGAGUUAUUUAAGAAAUAGAGUCAUUAUUGUUAUAUUUUUUUCUACAUUCAAAACCUUUAUGAUUUGUGAAGCCUCACUGCCUUUUCCAUGACAUGAACAACAAUGAUGAUACAAAUGUAGGGGACGAGAAGAGAAGUUUGAAAUUUGAUCAUCGUCGUAGUAGUAUAAUUAUAAUAAUAACGAGAAAUUAAUUAUCCUACACUUGGUGAAUAGAAUAUUCCGUUGACAUAUCAUUUAUCAGUCAAAAGAUGCAAAUUACUACUACUCCUCCAGUUCAGUAGCACACGUACGUUUCAACGGAUUUGACAUUGACAGCUUUCAAAAAGUAUAUUGAGCCGAAAUAGACUGAAGGUGGGCAAACAAACACACAAAUAAACAACACACGCACAGCCAUAAUUGUCGUCUUUAGUGACGGAUGAUUGUGAUGAUGAUGAUGAUAUGAUCAAAGUAAAUCAAUCUUCUCAAAACAGGACAACGUCGUAUCAUUCUUUCUCGUGUCCUCCUCACAAUUUCGCGUUCAAUUGUAAUCAGAGUCGUAUAUUUUUUAUUUUUUAUUUUCAUGUUCUUGGUGCAAAACUUCCAAUAAGAGAAUUUGAAAUACCUCACCCGUCGUGCUCUUGGCUUAACAAUUCUCAUCAAUAAUAACUAAUUCUUUAGCAGCCUUCAUUAGAAUUGUACUGGUACAAUUUCUUGUAAAUUUACGAAACACUCUAAAUACACGUGCUAGCGUAAAAAAUAUAGUGUGUAGUUCAUUGUACGCAACAAAAACCAUGCACUUUAUUAUCAUCAACUGACUUUGACCACUUAUUCACUAAUAACUGCACUGCAAUUUCGAUCUAAUAACUGAUCUAAUAACCCCUCGUAAUUAGAAAAUAAUAAGAAUAAUAACACAAUUAACACUCGCACACUCGACUACUGUACUACUCCUCACUCCACUGCAGGUUGAAACCAAUUGCAAUUAACCAGAAAGACAUUUCAAGUACUGACCGUACUUUACUACAUAUUUUAAUUAAAUGCAAACGUACAAUAUGAAAUAGGUAAUUUUACAAAACUACUUGUUAGAUGACGAAUAACCGCGUCACGCCAAGUUGGGUGGCGUCGUUUAAUAACAAAGAUUUACUAGCGAAUUCUAUGCAAACCAGCUUGAUUAUUUUCAUGUAUUUUGGUGGAAUAAGUCCAAUACGAAGUUAUUGAAUACUGCUCAUAACAUUAUUAUACUUACUUACGUAUUAUGUAUCCUCUCUUGUGUAGUAGAUGUGCCAUUUUACCGUGGGAAGGGAAGAAAUUAUAUGUAUCAAUUGAAAAUACGAGCAUUUUUUGUGAUGAAAAAUAGAUUUUUCCUAAAAAAUGUUAAGAUUACCUUCUUAUUUUAAUAGUUUACAAAUGUAUGUACGUAUUUAGUAGUAAUUAAUUUGUGUAUAGAGAGCAACAUAUAAUUUCACCAAUAAUUUUAGGGUGACGAUGAUUUGCUAUGUGAUCUAAUCUACUUGUGUAGCUAUGCAUUUUUUGUUCAGUAAAACCAGGUGUGAAAAGUUAUCGGCUAGAAAAAUAAAUUAGUAGAGAGGAAGAAUUGCAAUCAUUAGUGGUUAUAGUUGUUGUUGUAUUACAGAACAUGUGCCCCAUUUACAUAACCAAACUGUGUGCUGAUCCCACAAUAUGAUCAAAAAAUGAAUAACAAAUACUAAUUAAGUGUGUGUUACAUACAUAAUUUACCUUGAGUACAUACAUACAGAGAUCUAUAUAUAUUUUUGAUUUGUUUGUUGUUCUACAAAAUUAUAAAGAUUUAUUGUGUAUACCAACAACAACCAAACAUCUACUAACUUAUGUACGUGUUCGUAUUGUAAAAAAAAGCAUUACGGAAUAAACUGUAUUUAUGUAAUGUAGCUCUCUUCACGUUGUAAAAGUACUCUGUAAAUUGUAAAUAUUGCCACAAACCUCCUUGAUGUAAAUAAAAAAGAGGGAACUAACGUGUAAAGUGUGAAACCUAUCACGAUUUUGAAAAACUCUUCACAAUAAGAACCGAUAAUUAUUAUUAGUGUAAAACGUACGUACGUAUUGUUAGCAAGUACUCAAAUCUUAUGCAAUUUGAUGAUAGCCGUGUUGUUGUAUGUAUCACAAUACCCAUACAUAAAUAUAUACCUCUUACCAUUUAAUAUGUAAUAAUACUAAUACUACUACUUGCUAGCUUAGGAGAAUAUGCAAAGAAUAUGCAAAAGAAUACAUAAAACUGCAGUUGGCAGGAAGUUACCGAUACUACAUUACGAGUAAAGACUUUUAUUCCAUUUUUCUGCUGAUGUUAUAUAACAAUGUAUAUAUACAUAAAGGACGAGGGAGAUGAAAAUCUUAUGGAAAAUACAAAUAUGAAACGACGACUUCAAUUUCAAUCAUAGGUUAAUAAAAACAAUUCAAACGUUAAGUUUACUGUUUAUCAGACACUCCACAAUCACUAUGCAGCAUAUGUAGAUGGAGAGAAAGUACUUGUUGACGUAUCCGUUGUUUUUCAUUGUUCGUCAUUGUUGUGAUCUGAAUUUAUAAAAUGAUGAUGAUAUGAGUCUAUAUAUUUAGAUUAGUAUAUUUAACUUAUCGUGAAAUAAGAUGGAUUUCGUACAAAUAUAUUUAUUGUUUUAUCAACCGCAUGUGUUUGUAUACUACCACAAUGAGUUUCUGAACAAAUAAACGUGCGUUUUCAAAUACAUGACGCUGAUGAUUAAAUUUAA